AUGUCAAAAUGUCAAACAGGACAGUUCGCGCAAACAUUGGACCAUGCACUGAUUCGUAUGGGCAACCUUUCCAAUCUAGAAAUAAAGGGGGUUGUGCUCGACUCCGGUUUCACAAGCCUCCUACAGAACCUGAAGCAAUUGAAAGAAUGUUCACUGGAGAGGGUUUGCAUGGAUAACGCAGGUGAAUGUAGGCCAAUGGCGUUGUUAGCAGUGGAAGACCUGAAGCUCGUUAGUACUUGCUGGCAUGGCAGGAAUUGCGACAGCAAAAUCAUUCGGGUGUGCUUGCGUCUGAAAAAGUUGAUGAUUAGUUGGCACGCAGACAGGGCCAACGAAAUGGAUUGGGGUGAAAACUGGACACAAACUACAUGUUCGACGCUGGCAGUAAUCGCCACCCGACUGGCUUGGCCAGCCCGAGGGGAGGAACUGCGACGACACCAUGUAAAGUUCAUCAGCAUGCUGAGAAUGUUUCCGAGUGUCAUUGAGCUACACAUUCACAGUAGCAUUCCGCCGUUUUUUGAGACGGACACAGAGAAGAAGCCAAUGUUGGUGAAGAUGGUCAAUUAUCGGGGUCCAAUUCACUUCCUGAACUUGUCACAGGCACUACCAAAAGUACGAAGCCUCAAUUUAACUGACUGCGGUCUUCUGGGUCAACAUUUCAGAGAGGAGACAUUACAUGUAGAAGAAGUGAGGGAGUUGACGUUGGACAUAUUCAGUUGUGAAGAAGAAAUAGUAUGCCGACUAAUUUCAGUCAUGUGGAAGUUAGAAAGACUGAAGGUCAACAUUAGUGAUGAUGUUUCUGAACAGCGCGUUGAAUUAUGUGAAUACGGGUUGUACGACGACUUCACGAACAUGGAUUGCCACCAAAUGCCACAUUUAAACCUCCACAAUCGUUCCCCGAGGAUAAUCACUGCCAAUGAGGGACAGCGAUGUUUCAAAACGAAAAAUGACGGCAGACUUAACAAUAUCAAUGUACUCAUCUACAAAGCACACACUCAAAUUAAGAUUCAGUUUAACAGAGAAAUUGACAAUGGAAAGCAUACGGCGGAUGUUGAGAAGUUCUUCGCUGGAAAGGUGAUAAAUGGGCAACACCAAUGCAGUAAGGGUUGUCAAUUGAGAGAGGUGGGGAAGCAGUUCGAUGGGGCCAAUAUGCGUAGGAAACGAGGGCAACGCUCCCUCGAUUUCGAACACAUUUAG